AUGCGGCGAAUACUUCACGCUCAAACUGAUGCUGAAGUCACAGGUAUCAAAGAAAUCGUAUGGCCUCGGACUCUGUACAUGUACAGUAAACUGGAAACGCUUUUGUCACAGCCAAAGCCGGCCCCAAUUUGUUCAAAUGCAAAGAGUGUAGCAAUUGAGGCUUAUGAUCAUUUACGAUGCCACCAUUACCUUGGUGAGGCAGAACAGCUUGUAAAUCUUCUCUCCAUACCACACAUAAAGGUAACUGCUCAAGUCGGUAAUCGAGUUGUGUGUACUUAG